AUGGGAAGCAACUUCCACAGCAACAAGCGCCUGCGUGAGGAGAUCGCCAUUAUCCCCAGCAAGCAGCUCCGCAACAAGAAAGCAGUUUAUGUCACACAUCUAAUGAGGCCGAUUCAGAGGGGCCCGGUGAGAUGUAUCUGCAUCAAGCUGCAGGAGGAGGAGAGAGAAAGGAGAGAUAACUACCAUCCUGAAGUCUCAGCCCUGGAUAAGGAGAUCACUGAAGUGGAUCCUGACACUAAGGAAAUGCUGAAGCUUUUAGAGUUAAACAGUCUGUCCAAACUGCAGGUCACUCAGUCUACGUUAGGAUGA